AACAGUUAUGUAAAUUCUGAGCUAGACGUCCAGGGUGUAAUGCUUUACAUUUGAUAUGGAUAUACAUCAGAUAUUACGUGUUGUCAAUGUGAUUGUGUUUUGUGUAUGCUUCGUCAAUGGAUAUAUUACCUACAUAGCCAUCAGGCUGCCACUGCAGGGUGAAAUGUCAGCGCCAGGAUCGCCAUGGCCACAUCCAAAAGAGCUGAAUUCCACAACGCAGACUCUAUCGCUUGACAUGGCAGACUUCGAAAUCGGAUCUAACGUCAUUGGAUGUGACGUCAUUGAAAAAGGGAUAGCGAGACACAAGGCUAUGCUAGGAUUUGGACAUAAAGACGACACACUACAUGCUGUGGAGGACCUACAAAUACACGUAGAAAACACCUCUUGUCAAGCGUAUCCCUAUUUAGGGAUGGACGAAUCCUACACGCUGGAAGCUGAUCAGCAUGCGACCCUUCGUGCCAACAGUAUAUGGGGGGUUUUAAGGGGACUGGAGACAUUUAGCCAGUUGGUGUAUACCACCGCUACAGGACAGGCAAGAAUUAACAAGACUAGCAUUGUAGACGAGCCACGGUUUGCACACCGUGGAAUUAUGCUGGACACUGCCCGGCACUUCAUUCCACUACCUGUCCUGUUAAAGAAUCUGGAUGCUAUGUCAUACAACAAAUUUAAUGUGUUCCACUGGCACAUCGUUGACGACCAAUCUUUCCCCUACCAGAGCAUCAGGUUCCCGGGGCUGUCUCAUAAGGGAGCAUACAGUCCAGUCCACGUGUACAGUCAGACGGACAUAAAGACAGUGGUUGAGUACGCAAGGUUACGGGGCAUCAGAGUCAUCGUCGAGUUUGACACGCCUGGCCACACCCAGUCUUGGGGCAAGUUUGACCGUGACCUGCUUACCCCAUGCUGGCACAACGGCCAUAAAGGAGAGGCUGAAUACAACCGGCAUGGGGAGUACGAACUGAUGAAUCCUAUGCUGAACUCGACCUUCACGUUCCUGGAGGAGCUGUUUUCUGAGGUGACAUCCGUAUUUCCGGACGAUUACGUACACCUAGGCAUGGACGAGGCAUAUCAUUAUUGCUGGGCGUCUAACCCCGAUGUCCGAGCUUUUCUGACCAACGUCUUAGGUUUAAAUGCCUCCGACUUUUCUGGCUUAGAGCAGUACUAUAUCCGACGGGUCCUCGACAUUGUGUCCAAGACUCACAAGAAAACCAUCAUAUGGGAGGACCCUAUAGAAAAGGGGCUGAAGGCAGACAAGGAUGUUUUGGUGGAGGUGUGGAGAAACGAACAGAAUUGGACCAACAACAUGGAGGAAGUAAUCCAGAGAGGGUAUUCGGCCAUCCUUUCCUCAUGUUGGUAUCUUAACUACAUUAGCUACGGUCAGGACUGGCGACAAUACUAUAGCUGUGAUCCACACCACUUCAAUGGAACGACACAGGAAAAAGCACGCGUUGUAGGAGGAGAGGCGUGUGUGUGGUCAGAAUACAUUGACGCAACCAACCUUCUCUCCAGGCUUUGGCCUCGCGCGUCCGCCGUAGCCGAGAGAUUGUGGAGUCCGGGCCACAUCAACAAUACAGACGACGCAUCUUUCCGACUAGACCAGCAGAGGUGUCGGAUGGUCAGGCGAGGCAUCCCUGCUGAACCAAUCCUGAACGGUUUCUGUGGUGAUUACGACCUGGGAAUGGAGACUGAAGCAGUUCAACCAAGCAAUAUUUGUACAAACACCGCAACUACAGUCCCCAAAAGCAACAUUGUACUCACUGUCAUAGGAGUAUCCGUGUUACUACAAACAGUUCGUAUUCUCCGUGUUGACUGAUUAAGAAAAUACUGUGUUUCCAACCAUUCUAUCGAACUGCAUGGAAUGUGAUUUUAAAAUAUAUGCCCGAUGAUCCAUGGGAAAACUCUUAUACGUGUAUUAGAAAUUCAUGCUUCCAUAAUACACACAGGGCACCUUGCAUUUCUGUGUUAUAUUAUGGUAUUUUUUGUUUUCUUUGAAUGGAUACACGUGAAUGAUAAUAUUUUAGCAUCAAUAUGUAGAACUUAUUGUCUAUCACAAAGGUCCUACAGGGCACGUACUCAAAUACAUGUAAAUAUCACAGUCACUCUCGAUCUAAGCUUUCGGGUAUAACCUUUCAUCAGGGACCAUUCACUCCCUGAAGUGCUCAGCUCUAAGGCUUAGAUCGAGGACGAAUGUUGGCAUAAUUCUCAUUUAAAGAAUGAAUGAUUAGUACAAAGUAGUAAACAGAAUUAAUGUUAUUUUAUUUUGAC